CAGGAGCGAGCCAGCGAGGGGCGAGCGGAGUCCGAGCGUGCCGCGUUCCGUCGCCUGCGAUGCUGCCCUGGACGGCGCUUGGCCUGGCCCUGAGCCUGGCGCUGGCGCGGAGCGGCGCGGAGCGCGGGUCCCCGGCAUCAGCCCCCCAGGGGGACCUGCUCUUUCUGUUGGACAGCUCAGCCAGUGUAUCCCACUACGAGUUUUCACGAGUUCGGGAGUUUUUGGGGCAGCUGGCAGCCCCGCUGCCCCUGGGCCCUGGGGCCCUGCGCGCCAGCCUGGUGCACGUCAGCAGCCAGCCACACACCGAGUUCCCCUUCGGCCAGCACAGCUCCGGUGCGGCCGUCCAGGAUGCCAUCCGCGCUGCGGCCCAGCUCAUGGGCGACACCAACACUGGCUCCGCGCUGGCAUACGCCAAGGAGCAGCUGUUCGCCGAGGCGGCGGGGGCCCGGCCGGGAGUGCCCAAGGUGCUGGUGUGGGUGACGGACGGCGGCUCCAGCGACCCCAUCGGGCCCCCCAUGCAGGAGCUGAAGGACCUGGGCGUUACCGUCUUCAUCGUCAGCACUGGCCGCGGUAACCGCCUGGAGCUGUCGGCCGCCGCCUCGGCCCCUGCGGAGAAGCACCUGCACUUCGUGGACGUGGACGACCUGCACAUCAUCGCCCAGGAGCUGAGGAGCUCCAUCCUCGACGCUUUGCAGCCACAGCAGCUCCGUGUCUCUGAGGUCACGUCCAGCGGCUUCCGCCUGGCCUGGCCGCCCCUGCUGAGCGCGGACUCCGGCUAUUACGUGUUGGAACUGGUGCCCCGCGCGGAGCCGGGGACCGCGCGCCGCCAGCAGCUGCCCGGGAACGCCACGGGCUGGGCUUGGGCCGACCUGGACGCCGACACGGACUACGACGUGGCGCUGGUGCCCGAGUCCAACGUACACCCCGUGAGGCCGCAGCACCUGCGGGUGCGCACGCUACCGGAAGAGGCCGGGCCGGAGCGCAUCGUCAUCUCGCACGUCCGGCCGCGCAGCCUGCGCGUAAGCUGGGCCCCGGCGCUGGGCCCGGCCGUGGCGCUCGGCUACCACGUGCAGUUCGGCCCGCUGCGCGGCGGGGCGGCGCAGCGCGUGGACGUGCCCGCCGACCGCAACAGCACCGAGCUGCAGGGCCUGGCGCCGGGCACCGCCUACCUGGUGACCGUGACGGCGGCCUUCCGCUCGGGCCGCGAGAGGGCGAUGUCGGCCAAGGCCUGCACGCCCGACAGCGAGCGCAGCCGCGCCCCGCACCCCCCGCCGCCGCCGGGGCCCGGGGGCCGGGGUCCUUGAGCCGGCCGCCC